AUGAUGAAUAAUUAACCAAUUUAUAUAAAAGAAGAAAGAUGUUACUACCAUCCAAAUUAAGAUCCAUCAAUAAUAAUAUCUUAACAAAGUUAUUCAAGUUAAAAUUAAGAAUCUUUAGAAAGAGUCAUUAGCUUUUAGGUAUAUAGAAUUAGCCUAGUUUCGUAUGAAAAAGCAUAAAAUUCUUAAAGUUAGUUAUCUCAUUAUUAAAAUAAAACACCUAAAUCAAUAUUUUAUAAAUCUUCCUCUUCUCAUUCCAGCAAUAAACCAUAAAUAAUUGAAUUUGGCUCUUUACAUUAGAUAGAAAUCUCUUAAUAAGAGUAAUUUUCUCAAUAAUAAAUUUAUUCUGUAGAAUAAAUUAAUGAUGAACUAAAAAAAAAAGAAAAAAAUUAUGCUUUAGGUUCUUGUAUUGAAUAAGGUGGUGAGUCCUUUAUUUAUGAAGAUAUAAUCAAUAAAAAUGUUAUAAUAAAAAUAAUUUAUGUAUAAAUGAAUUAAACUAUUGACAUGCAAAAGAAAAUUUUUGACAUAUUAAAAGAUGAAAAAAAUUUUUUAUAAUUGAUUGACCACAUAAAAAUAUAUGACAAUUUACAUAUAUUUAUUCAUGAAAAAUUCUAAAAAAAUUUGCAAUAAGAGUUAGAAAAUUUCAACAAAGACAAAAAUAUAUUUACAGAGCAAAAUUUAAUAAAGAUGAUUUUUAAUCUAAUCCAUGGAUUAAUAGACUUGAAAAAUAAAAACAUUUUGCAUCUAGAUAUAAAACCAAAAAAUAUUUUAGUUGAUAAUAGAGGAAACUAUAUUUAUACCGAUUUUGGAAUUUCUGAAAUUUAUUAGGAAGGCAAUAUGUAAAUUAGAGGAAAGACAGAUAAUUAUUCAUCACAAGAAUAGAGGAAUUAAGAUGUAAAUAAAAUAAGUUAUAAAUCUGAUGUAUACUCAUUAGGAAAAACUCUCUUAAAAGUUAUAGAGAGAUUUAAAGAGCUUAAUGGCUAAAGCAAAUUCAUAAAAUUUGCCAAAUCUAUCUAAGAUAUUGUGAAAAAAAGUAUGGUCUAAGAAGACAUUAACUAAAGAGAUGAUUGUUAUUUAAUCCAUUCACAAUUCAGUGAUUAGUUAUUUAAAAUUAAAAGUAAAAUAGAUCUCAAUUUUAUUAAGGAAAUAGGAUUUGAAAUUAAUCACUAUCUCACCUCAUAUUUAUCUUAAACAGACGUAGUAGUUGACAGAAAAAAAGUUGAAAAAUAAGUAAAAUAAGAUUGGUCUAUUUAUGUUAUCUUUUUUUACUUCAAUUGUGAGCUUGAAAAUGAUUAAUUUGCUAAUGUAAUCAAAGAAAUAUAGUUAAAUAGUGAAAUUCCUACUGAAUUAAAUAUUUAUUGGGAAAAAAAUAUGAUUGAAGAAGAUAUCUUACCUUAAAUUGAUAAUUUCUUUAAAUAAUUCACAAAAAUCAAAAUUUACAGUAAAGAAGAGUUAAUGAUAGAAAAUAAAAAUGGAUCUAUAAACACUUAACCAUGUCUUCUUUAAUAGGGUCAUAGAUCUAAUUUAAAUUUAAGCCUCAAAACAUUGACAAAAGUAGAAGGGGAUACUUUUAUAGAUGAUAUUCAAAACAUCUCAAAUGUUAGUUAUUUGUAUCUUUAAUUAACCGAUAAUAAAGUAAAUGAAAAGAAAGUGAACACUUUUUUAGAAAAGUUUUAAAAUGCGACUUAUUUAAAUUUAGAUUAAAAUUGGAAUAUAAUUGAUGAUGAGGGUGCAAAAGAUUUAGGCGCAGGAAUAGCCUAGUGCCAAGAUAAAAAUAUUGGUGAGUAGGGUGCAAAACAUUUAGGCACAGGAAUAGCCAAGUGCUAGAAUAUCACAACUUUGACGCUUGAUUUAAAUUGGAAUAAUAUUGGUGCAUAGGGUGCAAAACAUUUAGGCACAGGAAUAGCCAAGUGCUAGAAUAUCGCAACUUUGACGCUUGAUUUAAAUAAGAAUAAUAUUGGUGCAUAGGGUGCAAAAGAUUUAGGCUCAGAAAUAGCCUAGUGCAAGUAUAUCACAACAUUGAGGCUUAAUUUAUAUUAGAAUAAUAUUUGUGAUGAUGGUGUAAAAGAUUUAGGUAAAGAAAUAGCCAAGUGCAAGAAGAUCACAACUUUGACCCUUGAUUUAAAUUGGAAUAAUAUUGGUGCACAGGGUGCAAAAAAUUUAGGUACAGGAAUAGCCUAAUGCAAGAAGAUCACAACUUUGACCCUUGAUUUAAAAGAUAAUAAUAUUGGUGCAUAGGGUGCAAAAGAUUUAGGCACUGCAAUAGCCUAGUGCAAGAAUAUCACAACUUUGAAGCUUGAUUUAAAUUAGAAUAAUAUUGGUGAUGAUGGUGUAAAAAAUUUAGGCAAUGAAAUAGCCAAGUACAAGAAUAUCACAACUUUGACGCUUGAUUUAAAAGAGAAUAAUAUUGGUGAAUAGGGUGCAAAAGAUUUAGGCACAGAAAUAGCCUAGUGCCAGAAAAUAACAACUUUGACUCUUGGUUUAAAUUGGAAUAAAAUUGGUGCAUAGGGUGCAAAAUAGUUAGGCACAAGCAUAGCCUUGUGCAAGAAUAUCACAACUUUGACGCUUGAUUUAAAUAAGAAUAAUAUUGGUGAGGAGGGUGCAAAAGGUUUAGGCAUAGGAAUAGCCUAGUGCUAGAAUAUCAAAAUUUUGACACUUUUUUUAUAAGAUAAUAAUAUUGGUGCAUAGGGUGCAAAAGAUUUAGGCACUGCAAUAGCUUAGUGCAAGAAUAUCAUAACUUUGACGCUUGAUUUAUAUUUGAAUAAAAUUGGUGGUAAGAGUACAAAAGAAUAAGUUACAGGAAUAGCCUUGUGCAAGAAUAUCACAACUUUGACGCUUAAUUUAAAAGAGAAUAAUAUUGGCGCAUAGGAUGCAAAAGAUUUAGGCACAGGAAUAGCCUAGUGCAAGAAUAUCACAACUUUGACGCUUGAUUUAUAAGAGAAUAAUAUUGGUGCAUAGGGUGCAAAAGAUUUAGGCACAGGAAUAGCUAAUUGCAAGAAUAUCAUAACUUUGAUGCUUGAUUUAUAUAAGAAUAAAAUUGGUGAUGAGGGUGCAAAAGAUUUAGGAGCAGAAAUAGCCUAGUGCAAAAAUAUCACAACUUUGACACUUAAUUUAAAAGAGAAUAAUAUUGGUGUAUAGUGUGCAAAAGUUUUAGCCACAGCAAUAGCCUAGUGCAAGAAUAUCAUAACUCCGAAGCUUCAUUUAUAAUGAUGAUUCGCAUAUUUAAUUGAAGAAUUCAUUAGAAAAAUAAAUACAAGCAAUGAUAACUAUAAAAUGACAAUCAACUAAAAGUUAAAUAUAAAAACUGAAAUUUAUUAAUUUUAUAAAUUAAGAAUUAAAUUCUUCAUAAAUAUGUCAUAAAAAAAAUAUACUUUUUAAUAUUGUUUUUUUUAUAUUAAUUUAUUGAUUAAUUAUAUCAU